CCGUACACCUCCGACGACGAAGCCGAGCUCACGGAUGCACAGAUGGCGGCCCUGCUGCACGAAGCCGAGACGCGGCUGCAGCAACAACAGGAGCAACAGCAGCAGCAGCAGAUGACGCGCGCCUCCGCCCCAGCCGCAGCAGCAGCACUCACCAAGCUGCCCAAGCUCUCCGCCGGCGCGCUCGCAGCGCCAUACAUACGCACGUCCGGCCAAGUCGCGCGCGUGGACGCGGCGCAGCUGCUCGACGAGCGGCAGCGGGGCGCGGCGGACCAUUUGCGGCGUGUCGAGGACCCGGUCGCUAACACAAGCAAUUCGCCCCAUGUGCAGGAGAAGAAGGCUACCGCCGGCGAACAAUGGUUCAACCUUCCAAAGACCGACCUUACUCCCGAGUUGAAGCGCGAUCUCCAGCUGCUGAAAAUGCGUAACGUCCUUGACCCCCACAGGCACUACAAAAAGGACAACUCCAAAUUCGCCGUACCCGAAUACUCCCAAGUCGGCACCAUUGUCGAAGGCCCCACCGAAUUCUUCAGUGCUCGCGUCCAGAACAAGGAUCGCAAAAAGACCUUUGUCGAGGAAGUCCUGGCUCAGGAGAAGACGAAUGGGAAAUUCACGCAAAAGUAUGGCGAUAUUCAGGCAAAGAAGACGAGUGGCAAGAAAGCCCACUGGAAGGCCCUGAAGGCCAAGAGAAAAGCGGGU